AUGUUGACCUUUUUCUCAGUCCGAGAGCAAAAGCAUCGAAAAGUUGCAACGGAGCACGCCGACUCGCCAGGCAAUUGUGAAAGAGUUCAAGCGAGAAUGGCGGCCGUGUGCGCUGCGUUCGCUUCUCGCCAAUUGGCUCGCUCAGCGAGAAAUCGACUCCCCCAGAUCUCCCGCCGAGGAUUUUUGUCAACCCCCUUCCUUACCUCAACGGAGCCCUCUACGUCGUCAGUUGAUUCUCCGGACACGAAAUCUGGGCCCAAGGUCUCCUUCCGUCCGCCCCCUGUCAAGCGUGGCUCCCUCGCAUCGGGCUCCAUCUUCGCCGAUGGGGAGGAUUUCCCCAAAAUCACCACCGGAGGCCGAACCCCCAAACGUCGCUCAGAGGCGGCUGCUGAGGCCGAAGCACAGGAUGGCGAGGCGCAGACGACCAUCGUUGACCUGAGCGAACGUGACACCGCGAGUCUCGAGAGAUCGCUCAACCCCCACCCGAACCGCCGUGCACGAUGGCAGCGCAAGAUGGUAAUACGGACCAUCCACCGACGUGGCCGGCUAACGCGAAAGGAGAAAAUAAUGCAGUCUGAGCGAGAACUGUCCUCCAAAUCACACUGGUUCAAGACCUCGGUGAAGAAACUCGGGCCGUUGGCGAGGCAGAUCGCGGGCAAAAAUAUAGACGAGGCCAUCCUGCAGAUGAGAUACAGCAAGAAGAAGGCCGCCAAGGAUGUAAAAGCAUUCCUGGAACAAGCCAAGAACGAAGCUAUUGUCUCACGGGGUAUGGGCUUGGGUCAGGCUGAGGCCCAGGCCGCCGCGACUGAAACCGCCGAAGGAGAAGCACAAGUUGAAGUAACUGCCGUUGCCACCGCCGACGCAGCUCGCCCCGUUACGCUCACGCUGAAGGAUGGCAAGCGCCUGGUGGUGACAGAUCCAACCUCCAUCUACAUCGCCCAGGCAUGGGUCGGUCGGGGCCCGUUCGGAAGAGAAGCCUCCCCUCGCGGCAGAGGCAACACCCACAUCUUACGACCUCCGUACACGUCCAUCAGCGUGAUACUCAAGGAAGAAAAGACUCGCAUCCGUGAGUGGCAGGAACGUGAGCAGAAGGAUAUCAGGCGGCGGAAGGCAAAGGUCUGGAGACAGCUGCCAGAUCGACCGUUGACGAUGCGCAACCAGUAUUAUGCAUGGUAAGCGAGGCGGGGCUUCGGAGUCACUACUACAUGCUUGUACGACAUACAUGUGUGUGUGUAUCAUAGAUUAUCCCUUUUCUUCGGCUCUUUGUUUGAAAUUUUUUUUUUUUUUUUUAAUUUUCUCUUUUUCUUUCUGUUGAGUUUUCACUUCCUGUUCUACGGGCGUUAUAUAAAUGGAAAUGGCAGUCAGCUAUCAUUAUCGG